AUUUGUAAAUUUUCAGUAAUCCAACUAUCUACUCUCUCUCACCUCAUCUUCUCUCUCAUUCGGCAGCUGCACCAAAAUCUUCACUUCUCAGACCAGCAGCAAUGGACUCUCUCAUCCUCUCCACGCCGCUAACCCACCGCUCUCUCCCUGCCUUCCGCCGCCUCUCUCACCUCCCCGCGCCUUCACCCUCCACGCACUUCCUCCGCGCUCCUAAAUCCCUAACUUCCCCCCUCAGAUGCUCGCUUUCUUCCUUCAGUCCGCAGACGCUCACCUACCCUGAUUCCCUCCUCACGCACCUCGCCCCCGCGGCGCAGCAGUCUCCCGCAACUGCCAUGCGCGGCGCCGAGGCCGACGCCAUGGGGCUGCUGCUUAAGGAGAGGAUUGUGUUCCUCGGGAACAGUAUUGAUGAUUUCGUCGCUGACGCCAUUAUCAGUCAGCUCCUUCUGCUGGAUGCUCAGGAUUCUACCAAGGAUAUCCGGCUUUUCGUCAAUUCCGCUGGUGGCUCGCUCAGUGCUACAAUGGCCAUCUUUGAUGUUGUGCGCCUAGUGAGGGCUGAUGUUUCCACAAUUGCACUAGGCAUUUCUGCAUCAACAGCUUCCAUCAUCCUUGGCGGUGGCACUAAAGGGAAACGCUUUGCAAUGCCUAAUACAAGGAUAAUGAUACACCAACCGCUUGGGGGUGCUAGUGGGCAAGCCAUAGAUGUGGAAAUUCAAGCCCAGGAAGUAAUGCAUAACAAGAAGAAUGUAACAACAAUUAUAUCCGAAUUCACCGGUCGAUCAUAUGAACAAGUUGAGAAGGAUAUUGAUAGAGAUCGCUACAUGUCACCAAUUGAAGCAGUUGAAUAUGGCAUAAUUGAUGGAGUCAUUGAUGGAGAUAGCAUUAUUCCGCUCGAGCCUGUUCCUGACAAGGUUAAGUCAUCUACAUUCGAUUACUUGGAGAUCAGCAAAGAUCCCAAAAAGUUUUUGACACCAGAUAUCCCUGAUGAUGAAAUAUAUUAGUCAAAGUUAUCACAUGCAUCAUUGAUAUGAUUCCAUUGAAGAUCAAUGUUGAGAUAGGUCAGAUUUUGCUUGGUUUGCUUCAAGUGGCGUCUGGAUCCUUGAUUGUAACUGCAAAAUCUAAUCAAAUGGAUGUAGCAAGAUUUCUCGUUGGUAAUCUUUGGCAGGUUUUGUUUAAGCAAGGCAUACCCCGGUACGAUUUAUCUGUAUUUGCUAGUAACAUGGAAUACUAUGCAAUGGUUGACGUUGUGCCUUUUACGUUCACAAUAAACACAGUGCUAGGUGAAAAGGCUUGCCAUAUUGGAAGUGUUAUAUUGCUGCAGCAAUUGCUUUAGUUCUAUUCCAAUUGAUUGUAAAAGUGUAACUACUCAUAGACUUCAUUGUGGCAUUCUUGAAGACUUCACCAUCUUCACGACCCUAA